CAGCUCAAUUCUUCUAUGCCUUCUACACACAGUUUUCUCAACAGACUGUCUUUGAGAGUUUUUAUUUGACAUUUUACAAUAUUACGUGUACAGCAUUACCAAUUAUGAUAUAUGGAAUUUUUGAGCAACACUUACCAAAGAAAAUGCUGCUGAAUAAUCCACUGUUAUACAAAGAAAUAUCCAAAAACUCAAGGCUAAGCCUUUGGGAAUGCUGCUAUUGGUGUAUUUUAGGUUUCUACCACGCCUUUCUUUUCUACUAUGUUCCCAUUUGGUUGCUAGGAGACGAUAUUGCUCUUCAAAAAGAACAACAUAAUUUUGGGAUCUGGAGUUUUGGUACAAUUAUAUUUACAAAUUGUGUGAUCGUUGUCAAUUUAAAGUUAAUUAUUGAGACGUGUCAUUGGAACAUAUUGGCAGUAGCUUCCAUGGUGAUAACAGUAGUCGGCUACCCGACCCUGGCAUCUAUAUACUCUGGAGUAAUUUGGUAAGUAUUUCAGAAAUA